GCGGGGAUACAAUAUUAGCCAAUUUAACCAGCCUAUCGGAGUUAGAUCUCUCUUUCAACCACUUCAAAUCUUCUCUUUCUGUUGACCUAAGUGGACUCCAAAACUUGGAGCGAAUCAUAGGAAAUGACAACUCAUUUUUUGGACCUUUACUCUGUAGAUCUUAGUCAUAACAGUUUCUUAGGACAAGUCCCUAGAUCUAUAUCUAGUUUAGUCAACCUCAGUUCCCUUGACCUUUCCUAUAAUAAUUUGGAAGGUGAAAUACCAUAUCUUUUGUGGAGGUCGUGUACGUUGUGGUCUUUAAAGCUUUCUCAUAAUAUGUUCAACAGCUUCAACAAACCAGUGGAAGUUGUUGAUGGAGCAUCAUUAAGAGAGUUAAAUCUUGGUUCAAAUUCACUCCAAGUACCAUUUUCCCAAUGGCUCUGCAAGCUAAAAAAUUUAUGGGCCCUAGAUCUUUCCAAUAACAGUCUCACCGGUUCCAUUCCUCAAUGUUUGAAGAACUCCACUUCCCUGUCAGAGUUAAGGCUGCAAAAUAACAGUUUAAGUGGAUUUAUACCAGAUGUAUUCAUCAAUCUCACGGACCUAAGAUCACUUGACGCCAGCCACAACAAUUUGGUGGGAAAACUUCCAAGAUCCUUGAUCUAUUGCAAGCUCAUGAGGGUUUUGAAUGUGGAUGGAAACAAAAUCAAUGACACCUUUCCGUUUUGGUUGGGCUCUUUAGAAAUAUUAAAGAUCCUUGUGCUUCGGUCAAACGCUUUCCAUGGUCCAGUCUAUAACCCUACUGAAUAUUUAGGGUUUCCAAGUCUACGGAUCAUCAACGUAGCCAACAACGAUUUCGUGGAUUACUUUGCCAACUGGACUGACAUGUCAAGGGUGUGGAGUAAUGAAGAUUCACCAGAGUCGGAUUCCAUGGGGGAUGAUUCCCAUAUGUAUGAAGAUUCCAUUGAUUUGGUGUACAAAGGAGUAGAAACAGAUUUUACGCGGAUCUUUCAAGCCUUCAAAGCCAUUGAUUUUUCUGGAAACCGAUUUUCCGGACAUAUCCCUGGAUCCAUUGGUCUACUGAGCGAGUUGCGUUUUCUCAACUUGUCAGGAAACGCAUUCACAGGCAGCAUCCCACCAUCCUUGACGAAUAUUACAAAGCUUGAAGCACUAGACUUAUCACGUAAUAACUUGUCUGGUGAAAUUCCUCAAGGUCUCGGGAACCUCUCGUUUCUGUCAUACAUCAACUUCUCCCACAAUCACCUACAAGGUUUGGUGCCACAGUGCACACAGUUUCAAAGUCAAAAAUGUUCUUCAUUCAUGGGUAACUCCGGACUAUAUGGACUCGAGAAAAUUUGUAAACAAAUCCAUGUCAAUGUUCUUGCAUCGCAGCCACCCGAGGAAUCUUUGUGGGAUCCGAAAGAGCCUGUACUGAAUUGGAUAGCAGCCGCAAUAGCAUAUGGACCUGGUGUCUUUUGUGGAUUAGUCCUCGGACAUAUCUUCACUUCAUACAAACAUGAGUGGUUCAUAGCUCGUUAAUUCUAUCUCUCACGCUUCAUCAAGUUUGUACUCUGUUCUUUGUGAUUCUGUAGUUGGUAAUUUUCUGAUGAAUGUUAGUGUUUCUCAAUUAUCAGUAUUUAACAAAACCUCUUGAAAAUCAUGUGUUAGUAACGGUUUCUCUAGAAAUCUUAUGUUUUAUGCAUUUAAAUAUGUUUUAGUAUUAUGAUUUAGAGUCUCUAUUUCUGCUAAUAAACAGAAAAUAUAAAUUCAAAAACUUUUCUCUUAAUAGAUAAGAAAUUUGAAUGGACCUGAAUGAAACAAAAUAUUUGGGAAAAUAGUCGUUUCACACAAUAAAGUCAUAAUAUGUAAAAAUAUUUUUAGAAAAAUCUUAUAGGUUCCAAACUCCAAAGUUUGAACUACUGUUGCAGCGUGCUAUACAAGUUACCACACUUUUACUAAAUUUAAGGGUUGGGGUAGGCUGGGGAGUGGAAACUUAAUGAGAAUUCUAAAAGUAAAUGACAUUAAUUCUUUAAGGCAAACAAACAAUACAGUAAGUAGCAAAUGAAAGGAAAAACUGAAUCUGAAAAUGUUACUUCUUUUAAUAAAUUUAAGCGUAAAAGAAAUAAGCAUCUCAAGUACUUUUUUUUUUCUUUAUCAAAUACUUAUGUAUGAACUCCUGUUUGCUGAAGAAAUGGUUUCCUACUGCUCAAGUAAGCUAUCUCUGAUU